CACCCCGAUAAACGACGCAGGGAAAGGAGAGGACUUAAAGUAGCACGCACAUUCACACUCGCACACACUUCCUCUCCGCCACGCAGCCCUGAGCGCGGCUCACAAGCUCAGGCUCACCGGCUAACCGCUUGCUGCUGCGAAGGAUUCUCCGCCCUAAGCUCUACCCGAGCGGCCGAAGCACGCCCCGGGGGCUGUUCCCGUCCUUAAUCAGGGUCGCAUCCCGCCGAGGGCCCUAGCGGCCGCGCUCCGGGGCUACCUCUGCGCCAGCGGGCAGCCGCUGAAGACCCCGCGGCCCUUUGGAGCGCCUCUCCGGCUCCUCCCGGUACUCUCCCUCCCCAGUCCUGGGCCGUGUCCGGGGCGGUGCAGUGGCGGCGGCUGGCGGAAGAGGGCUACUGAAGGGCCGUGUUCGUCCCCCAAGCCAGGGAUGCUUAGCUUUGUCAACAAGGCCAAAUGGAAUGCAUGGAGUACCCUUGGCAACUUGCCCAAGGAUACUGCCAGACAGAAUUAUGUGGAUUUAGCAGCAAGUCUGGUUUCCUCUCAAUCCUUAAAUCAAGGAAAGACUUCUUCUAAUGAUAGGAAUUCUGAAUAUGAAAACCUGAUAGUCACCAAGGAAGGCAAUAUUACAAAGAUCAUGUUAAACCGCCCCACCAAGAAAAAUUGUAUUAAUCCUAAGAUGUACAAUGAAAUUAUACUAGCCCUGGAGGCUGCGGGCAAGGAUGAUUCACUCCUAACUGUUAUCACAGGAAAUGGUGAUUAUUACUGCAGUGGGGAUGACUUAAGUGAAGUUGCAAAAGUUGUACCAGAUGAAAUUGAAAAGAAAAUUGAAGCAAGAACCACAUUACUGAGGAAAUUUGUUGCGCAUUUUAUAGAUUUUCCCAAGCUCCUAGUUGCGGUGGUAAAUGGCCCUGCUGUAGGAAUCGCAGUUACACUUCUUCCACUAUUUGACAUCGUAUAUGCGACUGACAGGGCAACAUUUCACACACCAUUUACUCAGCUGGGCCUGCGUCCAGAGGCAUGUUCCUCUUAUACAUUUCCAAAGAUAAUGAGUCCACUCAAGGCAAUUGAAAUGCUUAUUUUUGGAAGGAAGUUGACAGCCCAAGAAGCUUAUGCUCAAGGACUGGUUACUGAGGUUUUUCCUGAUAGUAUUUUUCAGAAAGAAGUUUGGACCAGGUUGAAGACAUACUCACAACUGCCCCAGAAGACUAUGAUGUCUUCAAAACAGUUGAUUCGAAAUUUUGAAAAAGAGACACUGCACAGAGUUAAUGUUGAAGAAUGUGCUUUACUUGGUGAAAGUUUGCAAAACUCUGAUGACCACCUAAAUGCCCUUGUAAACUUUCUAAAUAGAAAGUCAAAACUCUGAUGGUUUUGAAAAUGAAGAUCAAACAUUUUUGAAGCCAUAAUUAAUUUCCUCUUGUUUAAUAUACAUGGACUAAAAUCAGGGUGCCUUUUGCCAUUAUUAAACUACUGUUUUGAUAACUAUAUUUCAAUUGUAGACCCACAUAAUUAUGUUAAAUGAUCUUUAGAGCUUCAGUAAAACUGUUUUCUGUAAUUAUUUACAUUUCAUAUUUUUUGCCAUGAAUUUAUGGUACCAAUAACACUGUAGCCUUGUGCCUGGAAUAUUAGCAGGAAAAGCAGACACUGCUCUACAAGCCGAAAUAAUGUCCUCAUAUAUAAUUAGAGCACUUUGUCGUCCCAGGGUAGUGACUGAUUCAAUAGGGCCAAAUACUAACAUCUCUUCGGUAACCGAUUUUUGAUUCAUUGAUGGUUUCAUAUUCCUUUCCAGCCAUCUAACGUAAGAAUAAAAGGAGAAAAUGGUGUUACAAAAAAAUUAAUUUAGCUACAGUUAUUCACAGUGUAAUAAAGAGAAUAAAAGAAAAA